AUGUCAGAUUCUUAAUAAAGCAACUUAAAUAUAUAAUAUUUUAAUGAAUAGAUUUUAAUAAAAAUAUUCACCUUUUUAAAUGUUAUGGAUUUAUGUAUUAUUACUAGAGUAAGUAAAAAAUGGAAAAGUAUGAUUUAAAAAAAUCCGGAUAUAUAUGCAAUAGUAAAUUUAAGUAUUUUAGGACCAAAUAUAAAAACAUUAAAUUUAAUGAAAAUAGUAUAAAGUGAUAAAAAUAUAAAAAAAUUAUACUUACCAUUUAAUGCUAAUUCAUCUGAUACAUGUUAUUUAUUAAUGUCAAUACCUAAAACAUUAGAAUUUUUAUAAAUAAACAAUAUAAAUAUUGAAUUUGCAGCUGUUUUUAAUUAAAAAAUUUAAAAUUUGAGAACUUUAGAGCUCCAAAAUAGAAAUAAAAGAAAGAAAAAUUUCGACGAAAAUGAGAUGAAAGCUAUAUAAAGACAAUGUCCAAAUUUGACGUCCUUAACUAUAAAUAAAGCGCCUAUAAACGAUAAAAUAUUAUGCUUUUUAUUAAAAGAAUUUAAAAAUUUAUAGGUACUAAAUAUACCAAAUACACCUAAACUAACAAAUGUGACUUUAGAAGUAAUAUCUAAGUUUUGCGUGAAUUUAGAAGAACUACAUUUUGGGGGAAGUCCAAGUAAUUUCAAUAUGGAAUUCAGUGUAGAGGGUUUUAAACACUUCGAAUAGGCUAAAUUUUAACUGAAAUAUAUAAAAUUACACUACUGUGCAAGGGUUGGAGAUUCUGUAUUGUAAAUUUUAGGGCAGAAAUUUAAAGAAACCUUAAUUGAAUUAUAGAUUGUAAGAAAUUGUUUUGAAAAAUGUGCAAAAAUCUCAGAUUAGGGAGUUUAAUAUUUAAGCUAAUGCGUUAAUUUAGAAAAACUAAACAUAAGUUAUUCAAGGAAGUUUAGAGAUAAAUUUCAUUUACAUAUUAGCUCAAGCUUAAGAAACCUUAAGUAUUUAUGUAUUAGAGAUUGUCCUAUUUAAGAAGAUUUAUCUGUUUUUGCUAGAGGUUGUCCAAAUUUAGAAGAAGUUGAUCUUUCAGGGGAUUCUUGGGUUACUUCAGCUUCUAUUGUUGGAUUAAGUAAACAUCCUUAGUUAAAAAUUCUACAUUUAGGACAUUAUGAUCACGGAGAUACUAAUUGUGAUGAAAAUUUAGAAGAAUAUCCCCCUAAAGGUAUGUUUAUAGAAGGAGUUUUUAAAAACAAAGAUGCUUUUCCUAGAUUACAUUUGCUAUUUUUAGAAUAAAAUUGUUCACUAACUUAUUGGUUGGACGUUAAGCUAUAAAAAAUUAGGUCAGGAUUAAAAAUUAGGUAUACUCCAGCCGAAAAUUUAUUCUCGAUGAUUGAAUGA